CCUGGACACUCCAAACAACCCCAACACUCCAAAAACAACAUCGUGGACACCCCUCGUUUGGUUGGGGCUGCGACAACCUGCGGAAGGCAGGGGUUUCAUUGACGGUGGUCUCCAGGACCAACUGGUACACGAGAAAUUGAACGCGCCGCGCGGUCUUGUGGCGGACCCUAACGAUGGCCCUGUGUUGACACGUGCUGCUUCGAUGGGACACCAUCUGCACGUCAAAGGCUCAGACGGAGACGCCAAUGCCACGAUGUCCAAGUGUCGGGAUUUACGGCAUGUGUCGAGAUCGAUACCAUGGUGUGCAUUGGUGCCAAACACAGCCAAUGGGUGGCACCAGUUGAAAGGCGUCAGCGACGCAAGCCAACUCCGUGGAAAGCAAGUUGACGCCAAGGGCACUUUGCAAUUCACAGCAAACUAACCCCCACCGUCGCCCGGCCAAGACAACAUGGCUUCGUCCCAUAAUGCGUCGAAUGCGUCGUCGGGUGAUUCAAAAGUGAGCGCCGUGUCCAGCAGCUCACACCCAGACCACUGCAAGACGUCCUAUGCCAAGAACAAGGACCAUGCCCGCAUGAAGGUACACGACACGGUCCACAAAGAAAAACUCAGCGCGUAUGGCAAGGAGUACUACAAGCGCAACCGCGAGUCCGAGCUCCACCGAUUGAAAACGUACCGGGCGAAGAACUUGGGCCGCGAUUUGGAGCGCAAGAAACGCUGGUACGCUCGCAACCGAGACAGGAUCCUCGCGUACGCCAAGGCGUACGACUUGAAGAACCGUGACAAGCGAAAUGCCUACCAGCGCGAGCGGCGCCGUCGCAUGAAAGAACAAGCGACCAAAGGCAGCGGGGAGCCCGUCGUCCUUGCGUUCCCGAUCGAGCCGUCCAUGCAACCUAAGCCUCUCGGCCUCCAACCGGACGUAGCCAUCGACGACCAGGAACUGAGCCGUCGCAUGGAAAAGGCCACGUUCUCUCGACAGCUCAACUUGUCGUUCCUCCUCAACCCGUUGGUGUAAGAUCGACUGCCACUGUAGUUGUCGUAGUGUGCUGUUCGUACCCUAUUUUAUUGCAAGUCAUGCAAGCAUCCAUUGUGAUGGACCAA